AAAGUAUUCAUGACGUCAUUUGAGUAGUUCUUAAAUUCACCAGAGUGAUUCAUGCAAAUGAUUUAUUUGCUUCAAAAACAAUCUACGAAUUCAAAUAGUGGACGAAGGAGAAAAAUCUGCACAACAGUUUCAGUGUAACCAAGAAGAUCACAAUAUUCAAUAUUACCUUCAAUAUGGCAGAUUUAUAGUAGAUGUAAAUUUAAAAUACACAAGCUAAAAUUUUUAAAGGGGCUAAUCAGAAAGAAAUGUAGUUUUUAUGACAUACAAAAUUAUUCAGUGAUUCCACAUAAGAGGUAAUGCAUGAAUUCUACAAUUCCUUAACUCAUUGGCUGCUGGUAUUCAUUCAUUACUUGGAACUUUAACAGCUUCCUAGUAAACAGAAAGUACCUCUCCUGUAUGUGAGAUAUUUUGACUGAUAUAUCCUGAGUACCUAGAAUGGUGCCUGGCACACACAGUUACUGAAGAAGUAUUUGUUGAAUGAAUCGAUUAACCUUACUUUCUUGAUUUUAUACAUCAGAAUAUUUUCACCCUGACUACUUUUGUCCAAUGACCUAACACAUUUAAACUUUGCUCAAGAAUUUAGGACAGCUUUUCGGCUUUCAGCUCGGAGGAGGCCAAGGUGCAACUUUCUUCGGUCGUCCCGAAUCCGGGUUCAUCCGACACCAGCCGCCUCCACCAUGCCGCCGAAGUUCGACCCCAACGAGAUCAAAGUCGUAUACCUGAGGUGCACCGGAGGUGAAGUCGGUGCCACUUCUGCCCUGGCCCCCAAGAUCGGCCCCCUGGGUCUGUCUCCAAAAAAGGUUGGUGAUGACAUUGCCAAGGCAACAGGUGACUGGAAGGGCCUGAGGAUUACAGUGAAACUGACCAUUCAGAACAGACAGGCCCAGAUUGAGGUGGUGCCUUCUGCCUCUGCCCUGAUCAUCAAAGCCCUCAAGGAACCACCAAGAGACAGAAAGAAACAGAAAAACAUUAAACACAGUGGGAAUAUCACUUUUGAUGAGAUCGUCAACAUUGCUCGACAGAUGCGGCACCGAUCCUUAGCCAGAGAACUCUCUGGAACCAUUAAAGAGAUCCUGGGGACUGCCCAGUCUGUGGGCUGUAAUGUUGAUGGCCGCCACCCUCAUGACAUCAUAGAUGACAUCAAUAGUGGUGCUGUGGAAUGCCCAGCCAGUUAAGCACAAAGGAAAAUAUUUCAAUAAAGGAUCUUUUGACAACUGAAAAAAAAAAAAAAAAAA